AUGCGCCUGAAGGGCUAUCUCCAUCUGUUCGAUGCGCAUACCUCCUUCAAAUGGCAGUUUCCGAACUUCUACCGAAAGCCUGGGCUCGGCUAUCAGAAGCUCGCACAGCAUCGACAUAUUGACUGGUUUGACCGCGAGUGGACUGGCGACUGCGAUGAUCGGUACAUCUCCUCUUUCGACGGCAAGGUCAGCAAGCUUGUUGUGCAAGCCGUCGACGACAUCUAUGACAACACGACGAACAGCACAUGGCGCAGAACGUUCGUCAGAAACAUGGCUCCAUUCUACCUCCGACUCGCGAACUGGCCUUUCAACCAUGUGGACUACGUGCGCAACGGAGGUCCCACUGGCGAGGACUGGCCCUUGAUCAUCGUCAAGUGGUUCUUCGCUACUAUUGCGAUAAGUUUUGUUAUUGGAACACCACGCCCGAAGCAAGUCGAGUUCAGGAAUAACGGCAACUAUGACCCAUUCCUGUACCGAUAUAUCGGCUAUCCGAAAGUCUGUCGGAACGCCCUCGAGAUAGAUACACCCCGCGGCCACCGCUUCGGUGAGACGAAUCCAAUCGCUGAGCGCCUGCUUAGGCCGAGAUACCUCUACUUCCUUGGCCAAGAAGGCCAACCGGCGAUGCGCAUGAAUGUAGAUCAGUACAUCGCUCAAUACAGGGCCGAGAACACUUUGAAGUAUGUCUUCGUGGCGUACACGGCAGAGCAAUUCCGAAUGCCCGACGACCUUCAAGCCCUACACCAGAUUGCGGACGCCGCUGCGCGCAAUGCCGGAGCCACGGCCUAUUGGGUCGGCUGCUCAUGCAUGCCGGACAAAGAAACCCUCCAGGACGACGUAUACCGCAUUUGCGACGUCAUUCGGGGAGCCGAUUCUGUUGCAAUAGCCGUCGCCCGCCCUCGAAACGACAGGGGGGAGAUAACUACCACCGAACUCAUGCUACAGCAAUGGGGCAGACGGAUAUGGACUUUCCCGGAGGUUCUCCUUGCCCCUGCUGGGAGAGAUAUUAGAGUAUACACACGCGGGACUGAUCUUACAAGUCCUCUCCGGGUACCGAAGAAUCAGUUCACCGUCGAAGUAUGGAGGCAGGAUGCUAGCGUUGCGCGCCAGCUGGUAGAUCACUAUGAAGGCAACCUCAUCCUAAGCCAGUUGGAGCUCGUUACGCUGGCUCUUGAGUGCCUUCAAAAGCGAGAAACCACCCAGUACCUCCCCGGAGACCACAGCUAUGCGCUGAUGGGUCUUCUGCGCAUCCGACCGAAGAUCGACCCCACAGAUUCAGCCUUCCAAGCUUUCGCACGACUCUCCUUGGCAAACGACAGUGACCAACUUCUCGAGCGCCUCAUCUGCGUCCUUCCUAGGACUCCAGAUCAACCAUGGCACUCGAUGGAUGACGCUUAUCACGCUAAGCUCUGGGACAUCCUCCCUCAAGAGUGCAGCAUCUCCGGCGUUGGAACGGACGACACCAUCAUCCUCGACGGCUGCCGCGCCGCCAACGUCCGUUGGAAAUCCUUCACUCAAGUCACGCACAUCCGGCGCCUGACUUGGAGACGCCUGGCUGCAGAGUAUAUGCUCCGCAGUAGCGGAUACGUCUUCUAUCUCUCUAUCAUCCUCAUGGUUAUCUUUCCCGUGAUCGGUAUCCCCUUUUUUAUUUACGCGCUCAUCUGGUUGGGGCUUUCCCCGUAUCUCCUGCGUAUGCUUUACCUUGGCAAAUUCCUUGGCCAACAAGGUUGGCUCUUUGGGUUCGAGGGGUACAUGGAUAUCGACACCAUCGAGCGCCAGAUCUUCGGUGGACGAUUGGGUCGUAUGCGCUGGACGCCCUUCUCGAGUCCGCUGUCCCGACAUCAUCGGAAUGAGUAUGGCGAGUGUGUGCCUGACGACCCAUGCUCGGAUCCGGCCGUUAGGGCGCUCGUAGAGAAGUGUAAGAAUGCGCAGCCCGGCGACCAACGCAUCUUCACUCUCGUAGACACUGGCAACAUGACGGCAACCCUAUUCAUGGCCGCUCGUCCGCCUGUCUGCUUCCUCCUUGCGGGCUCCGAAGGCGGUAUGCAACGCGCCAUCGGCUGCUCUUACGACUGGACGACCGCGACGCUGUAUCGCGAGACGGUACUCCGCAUGGAGACCCCGGUCCAGGAUAAGAUGGCCCGUUGCAAUCGCGUCAAGAUUGGAUUCAAGCGGACGCAGGCUCCGUGGGGACCUAUUGGUCAGGUGGGCGAGCCACAUGGUGCGCGGAGGGACUGA